AUGUCCAGCCUCGAUGAACUCCUCAACCGACAGAGACCUAGCCAUUGGGAAAAAUUUUGGGCCCGCCCUUGCGUUUUUCUGGCCCGAAAGCUUUAUUGUUGGCGCGAGCCCAUUCCAGCCAUCCCUCUUACAAACCCGGUCCAGAUUGUUUGCCUCUCCGAUACCCACAACGCUCAUGCUAACGUUCAAGUCCCGGAUGGUGACAUCCUGAUACAUGCUGGUGACUUGACACAAUCUGGAUCUCUAAAGGAACUCCAAGAAGCACUCAACUGGAUACGUGCCCAGCCUCACCCCAUUAAAGUCGUUAUUGCCGGUAACCACGAACUAUUACUUGAUGCCAAGUUGAGUGACAAAUCUAUCCAAACAUCUUCAGAUCGGGAAAAUAUAGAUUGGGGUGACAUAAUCUACUUGGAAAAUAACGAGGUGACAAUCUGCUGCCCAAAUGGUCAACAACUCAGGGUUUACGGAAGCCCUUAUUCUCCGCGUCACGGAAACUGGGCAUUUCAAUACCCCCGAAGCGAAGACGUAUGGGCAAACUCGGUGCCGGAAGGAAUCGAUAUUCUCAUCACCCAUGGACCGCCACUUGCCCACCUCGACCUACUGAAAUCUGGAUGUCCUCAUCUACUACAGACACUGUGGAAGGUUCGCCCAAGGCUACAUAUAUUCGGACAUAUUCACGAGGGUGCUGGGGUCGAAUGGGUUACUUUCAGUCGCUUACAGGAUGCGUAUGAGCGUACGAUCGCUUCUCAAGGAGGCUUUUGGAAUCUUCUAUAUACAGCAUGGGAGUUUUUCAGGGGAUAUCCAGGUCUUGCCGCUGAAGCAAAAUGUUUACUUGUGAAUCCAUCUAUUGUCGGAGGACUGCGAGACAAUGAGCGAAGGGAGCCCGUCAAAGUUUUGAUCUAA